AUGAUCAAUUACACCCUCCCAUCACCGUCCCCAAUGAAUGCUGGAGAGGAAUAUUACGGAACGGACAAUGGAACUGUUCUCUCUAACAAUAGCUUUACUGAUAAUGUUUCAAGAUUGACAUUAGGACGGUUUAUACGUUUAUAUAUUUGCUUUUUAAUCAGCAUUUUUGGGCUUUUGGAGAAUGGGACUGUCAUCUGGCUGCUUGGCUUCUGCAUUAAGAGGACUCCUUCGACCACUUACAUCCUGAACCUCUCCAUAGCUGACUUUGGUUUACUCACAGUUGUGUUGAUUAAUAGAAUGUGUUUCAUAGUGGGAAAAUACUUCACUUACCUUGAAGAUUACAUGCUUAAAUUGAUUUUCCUAUUUAUGUACAUCACUGGUCAAUUUCUGCUGACAGCCAUCAGCAUUGAUAGGUGUGUGGCUGUCCUUUUCCCACUUUGGCAUCGAUGCCACCGACCACCAAACAUGUCCACCGCUGUUUGUGCCUCAAUAUGGGGACUUUCUACUAUUCCCCUUGCAAUUAACUUCACUCUCCUUCUGGCUGAUUUCAAUCUUUCUAACAUACUGGGCAUUCAGUUUAUUGUGAGUGGCUUCCUUUGCCUCCCUCUCAUGACUAUCACUACUCUGAUCCUUUUUGUCAGGGUCUGCUUUAAAUCACACCAGAGGAGGAGGGGGAAACUUCUAAUUAUAGUCCUGCUUGCUCUAUUCUUCUUCAUCAUUUUUUCUUUUCCACUCAAUGCCGUUUUCAUCACUCUUUUUGUUCUUGAUUCAGGUCUUCAUUUUUUCUCAAAAUAUGCCUUCAUACUCACCUGUCUGAACAGCAGUGUUAAUCCUUUGAUUUAUUUCCUGGUUGGAAGACAGAAAAGAGGCAGGUGUAGGCAGAGCAUGAAAGCCAUAUUCCAGAAUGUUUUCAAAGAGGAUGAAAACCCUGCAGAAACAGGGGAGAUCUCUUUGGAAACUCAGUUAUGA